GCUCCGGAGCGCCCUCGAGCGGCCGAGGCCAGGGGCGCAGCGGCAGCGUGGCCACCAUGGGAAAGGCGAGGCGGACGCCCGCAGCUGCUACGACCCGCAAAGGCCCCCAGUCCGGGGGGAAGAAGCAGGCGGCCGCCGGGAGCCUCAACGCCCGGGAUCGGGCCUCCAGAAGCGCCGGCUCGCUGCCUGGCAAAGAGCUGCCCAGCGCCGAGCCGUCGGACGAGCUGUGCGCGUUGGCCCUAGGGGCGCAGAAGGAGCGCUGGCUGCAGUUCCAGAAACGGCAGCGGGUGAGCUGCGAAGAGGCGGUCAAGCUCCUGCUGGACACCUUUGAGUACCGGGGACUGGUGAAGCACACGGGAGGCUGCCACUGUGGAGCCGUUCGCUUCGAGGUCUGGGCCUCGGCUGACCUACACGUCUUUGACUGCAACUGCAGCGUCUGCGUUAAGAAGCAGAACCGGCACUUCAUCGUUCCUGCCUCACACUUCAAGUUGCUGAAGGGUGCUGACAACCUCUCCACCUACACCUUCAACACCCACUGUGCCCAGCACACCUUCUGCAAGACCUGCGGGGUCCAGAGCUUCUACACACCCCGCUCCAAUCCAGAUGGUUACGGAAUAGCCCCACACUGCCUGGACGAGGGCUCCGUGAGCAGUGUCACCGUGGAAGCCAUCAACGGGAAGGAGUGGGAGAAAGCCGUCAAGGGCCACCCCACCAUUAGGGCCAUGUCCAAACCGUGAGGAGCCGUGUCUGGGAGUGUCUGCCCCGCCCUCCAGGUAUUCCUCCGUGAAGGAUCCUUCUUCUAAACAUUUACAGAAUAAAGCUUGUAUUUUCUUACAGUAAA